GGCCGGCCGGCAGGGUCUAGGGCCGCGCGCCGAGCUGGCGGGGAGCGGCCAGGCCACGCCCCGACGCGCGGAGUGCGCUGCCCUGCCGGGUGAAUCAUCACCCGCGGCGGCCGCUCCCAGUCCCGCUGCCGCGCGCCGAACCCUGGCCGCGCCCCUGCGGAGCGACGCGCAGAGCAGCCGCUGAGACUCUCGCUCGCGCAGCGCGGACACCGGGCCGACCAUGGCGGGCAUCGCGGUCAAGCUGGCGAGGGACCGGGAGGCGGCCGAGGGGCUGGGCUCGCACGAGAGGGCCAUCAAGUACCUCAACCAGGACUACGCGGCGCUGCGGGACGAGUGCCUGGAGGCCGGGGCGCUCUUCCAGGACCCGUCCUUCCCGGCCCUCCCGUCUUCCCUGGGCUUCAAGGAGUUGGGACCCUACUCCAGCAAGACCCGGGGCAUCGAGUGGAAGCGGCCCACGGAGAUCUGCGAUGAUCCACAAUUUAUUACUGGAGGGGCCACUCGCACAGACAUCUGCCAAGGAGCCCUGGGUGACUGCUGGCUACUGGCAGCCAUUGCCUCCCUCACCUUGAAUGAAGAAGUCCUGGCCCGAGUCGUCCCCUUGGACCAGAGCUUCCAGGAGAACUACGCGGGGAUCUUCCACUUCCAGUUCUGGCAGUACGGCGAAUGGGUGGAGGUGGUGGUGGACGACAGGCUGCCCACCAAGGACGGGGAGCUGCUCUUCGUGCACUCGGUAGAGGGCAGUGAGUUCUGGAGCGCGCUGCUGGAGAAGGCCUACGCCAAGAUCAAUGGGUGUUACGAAGCACUCUCCGGGGGUGCCACCACUGAGGGCUUCGAGGACUUCACCGGAGGCAUCGCCGAGUGGUAUGAGUUAAGGAAGGCCCCUCCCAACCUGUUCAGGAUCAUCCAGAAAGCUCUGCAGAAAGGCUCUCUGCUUGGCUGCUCUAUCGAUAUCACCAGUGCUGCAGACUCGGAGGCCAUCACCUUCCAGAAGCUGGUGAAAGGGCACGCGUACUCGGUCACUGGCGCCGAGGAGGUGGAAAGCAGAGGAAGCCUGCAGAAGCUGAUCCGCAUCCGGAAUCCCUGGGGAGAGGUGGAGUGGACCGGGCAGUGGAACGACAACUGCCCAAACUGGACCACUAUUGACCCAGAGGAGAGGGAAAGGCUGACCAGGCGGCAGGAGGAUGGGGAAUUCUGGAUGUCUUUCAACGACUUCCUGAGGCACUAUUCCCGCCUGGAGAUCUGCAACCUGACCCCUGACACGCUGACCAGUGACACCUACAAGAAGUGGAAACUCACCAAGAUGGAUGGGAACUGGAGGCGGGGCUCCACCGCGGGCGGCUGCAGGAACUACCCGAAUACCUUCUGGAUGAACCCUCAGUACCUGAUCAAGCUGGAGGAGGAGGACGAAGACCAGGAGGAUGGGGAGAACGGCUGCACCUUCCUGGUGGGUCUCAUCCAGAAGCACCGGCGGCGGCAGAGGAAGAUGGGCGAGGACAUGCACACCAUUGGCUUUGGCAUCUAUGAGAUUCCAGAGGAGUUGACAGGACAGAACAACGUCCACCUCAGCAAGAGCUUCUUCCUGACUCACCGAGCGAGGGAGCGGUCGGACACCUUCAUCAACCUGCGGGAGGUGCUCAACCGCUUCAAGCUGCCCCCGGGGGAGUACAUCCUGGUGCCGUCCACCUUCGAGCCCAACAAGGACGGGGACUUCUGCAUCCGGGUCUUUUCCGAGAAGAAAGCUGACUACCAAGUUGUCGACGACGAAAUCGAGGCCAACCUUGAAGAGAUUGAUGUCAGCGAGGACGACAUCGAUGAUGGAUUCAGGAGGCUGUUUGCCCAGUUGGCAGGAGAGGAUGCAGAGAUCUCUGCCUUUGAGUUGCAGACAAUCCUGAGAAGAGUUCUGGCAAGGCGCCAAGAUAUCAAGUCAGACGGCUUCAGCAUAGAGACCUGCAAAAUCAUGGUUGACAUGCUCGACUCGGAUGGGAGUGGCAAGCUGGGUCUGAAGGAGUUCUACAUUCUUUGGACCAAGAUUCAGAAAUACCAAAAAAUUUACCGGGAGAUCGACGUGGACAGGUCCGGAACCAUGAACUCCUAUGAGAUGCGGAAAGCAUUAGAAGAAGCAGGUUUCAAGAUGCCCUGUCAGCUCCACCAAGUCAUCGUUGCUCGGUUCGCAGAUGACCAGCUCGUCAUCGAUUUUGACAAUUUUGUUAGGUGUUUGUUUCGACUGGAAACACUAUUCAGGAUAUUUAAGCGGCUGGACCCCGAGGAUACUGGUAUGAUCCAGCUUGACCUUAUCUCUUGGCUGUGUUUUUCAGUACUUUGAGGUUAUAACUGAUCUGCCUGAAGACUUCUCAUGAAAGAAUCAGCCACGGACUAAGCCUCCACAGAGAAACUUUUUAUCUGGAUCUUGAACUUAUGGGAACAUUUACUUAAACUGAUGAUUAGAGCUGAAAAUGAUGAUACUAUCUGCUUGAGAAAGCAGAACUUUCAGAUAUCAAUGUAAAAGAUUUGCAUAUAAUCGUACUAAAUGCAAGCGAGUCACUUAACCCUUGAAAAACUUAGAGAAAACCUUCAAUCUGUACAUAGGAUACACUUUACUUUUACACACUUUCCUGUUUAUAACAAUAUUAAAUCAGGAAAAAAAUGCAGGGAGGUAUUUAACAGCUGAGCUUAAUUUAACAUUCAGUCAAACCUUAAAGGACAUAAGGUCCUUGCCGGCAAUAUUUAAAGCAACUUUGAGUUUAAAAAUACAGUUGUGACAUGUACCAAAGAGCUGUCCAGGGGUUACCAUUUCCCUUGAGUAAAAUGGAAAAAUAUGCUGCAUCACGAAGGCACCUGAAGAGGCCAGGUGAGAAGCACAUCUCUCAUUUGGGCUAAAUAAGAGACAGAUUUUAUAUAAAACUGAUUGGUUAACAGUGUGUCUGUCUCAAGUCCUCGCACACGUCUGGUCUUAUAAACUGAGCGUUACGAUACUGAAGGGACGCUCCUGUUGCUCAGCUGAAGUGAUGACCCAAACCGGGGGUCCCGUCUGCAAGCCCACGGUGACGGAAGACAGCAGAGCUGUUCGCCGCCUGCCUCGAACCUUCCCAGACUUCACCGCUAGCGUUCGUGCAUGGAUUGGGGGGGACGCCCGUGGAAACCACAUGAACGUGUUUCCUGGCUUCACCUUGGGUAAAUGCUAGCGACACUGUACAGAUACUGCCUUGUUGCCUUAUCUUCUUGCAAAUGUACUGUUCAAUAAAGAGUCGCUCAGGCAAUCGCA